UUAGAAUAUUUGCAGUGUCUAGCAAAAGUUGUAAAGACUGAGUACAGUCUAGAAAUUGAUUGAUGGUCGCAGAUAUUUGAAUUUCUUACAUAGUAACCCAUAUUUAUAGUAAAACUUUACCAGCAUGAAAUCCUUGGUUAAAUUAGAUUUGUUGGACGGGAAUGGCUGCUUUCUGCAAACAGACUAUCAGGAUGAUGGGAAAUCAGGUUUCAAGCUUACCUUGAUUGAUGGCAUAGAUGUUUGGAAAGGUCAAGUUUCUGAAGAUGAUCUAGAUAAUCUCAGAUUAACUAUCAAGAUGGAUCUAAAUACAUUUACUAGACAGACGUUACAGGCAUUGACAAAAUCAGGAGGAAAAGACAUUGUUUUUAAUUACCAAGUCAAACGUAAAAAAGAUAACAGUAUAGAGUUGAUCUGGAAGAAACAUGUUGCAGCAGAAGAUAUUACAUUUCAGUUAGGCAGAGCUACACUCAAGUCCUCAACAUCUGCCACUGAUGCCAUUAGUUCUGUCCUCAAUUAUUGUAUUGAAUGUGCAAAAUCACAGCAGGUAGAAAUAGCAACAUUACAAACAGAUAAUGACAGAUUGUCUCAAGAAAGAGUUAAUGCUUUAAAGAGAUUGGAAAAGUGUGUUGUGGCAAAGGAAGAAUUAGAAAGGGAUCUUUAUUCUAAAUUUGCAGCAAUUUUAAACAGUAAAAAAGAGAAGAUCAGAGAAUUGAAAGAAUCUGGAGGUGUUGCAGUAAAUAAUGGGGAACCUGGACCUUCAAGAACAACAACGCAAAGUAGUAAACGUCCAGCAAAAAAGAUGAAUUAUAGUGAUGAUGAAAACACUACUGAUGAUGAGGGGGUCACACAACACAGUAAGAAAGCAAAGCAAUCAAAUCGAUCAAUGGACGAUGAUUCCUUAGUCCUCGAAGAUGAGCAUGAAGACAAACCAAGAGCUGUUGCAAGGCCAAGACGAACCAGGGAGACAAACAAGAAAACACCUAAUUCUAAACCAGUUCUACCUAAAGUUUCCUCAAAGGAUUCAAAUACAAGUUUAUCAGAAAGACCAUCAACAAGUAGAUCAUCAGAGAGACCAUCAAGUACAAGGAAAUCCAGGGCAUCCUCAGGCAAUUCAUAUGACAAUGAUGCUGACGCCAUGCUUGAUGAAAUAUAAUUGGUUAAAAUAAAAAUGCAAUUGUGAUUUUUUUGUAUUUCAGGGACAAAUUGAUUACUGUAUCAAAUGAAAACCAUCAAAUUUAUCUUUUGUGGAUUCAUUUAUUUUCGUGGGUACCAAUUUUCGAUGAUUGAGGAAAACUUGCAUUUUUCUGGAUAUUUAAUUUCCUGGUUUUGCCCAAGUCUGCUAACAAUUCUAUAGGAAAUUUGUAAUUCGUUAAACAUUUAAUUUUGUGUUCCACCUGUAACCACUGUAAUCCUGGAAAAUUGGUAUCCAAUAAAUAAUAAUGAAUCCACAGUGUUAGGUAUUGCUGAAAUUAAUGUAUUAGCUUUACAUUAUCCCACCAUUGAUUUUUUAUUUCAAAUUUUCUGAAUAUAUAUCCUUUGUAUUUUGACAUAGUGAUCCAAAAAUGGAAAUUGAAUUCUACUGAAAUGUAUUCAAUAAUACAGGGACUAAGGGUGAUAAACCAAACUCUACCUGUAUGACGCAAAAAUCUUUUUCUAUCUUGUGUAUGUUAAAUUAUGUGUUUGAAAACUUAUUUAUCUUACCUCCUAUACAUUUCUAGGAAUAUGAUUGGUUAAAAGUAACCGUGUGGAGACUCUGUAUAUUCCAUAUUAGGUUAGUAGGGUUCCAUAUUAGGUUAGUAGGCGGGGUUUAUUUCAAUACAUGGUUAGUAGUGGUGUUACGUCCCUUUAUAAAAACAACAAGGUUUUGAGGUAAAAUAUUAAAGGUUUCAGCAGAUGAAGACAUUGAUAAUGAACGAUUGAACUAAAUUCAUAAAACACAUGAACAGCUAACAAGUUGUUAUUAUUGGGAUUUGUUUUUGUAUAGACCAUUGAAAGAAUAGGUUCUCAAUACUAACGGUAUUGAAGACUUGAUCACUUUGAUAGGCCACUAGUCUAAAUACCACAAUGUUAAGGUAGUCGGUAAGAUAAAUUCUGACAUAGUGUGCUAGUGACCUAAUGUGAUAUAUAUGGGGUCAGUAAAUUCCAUAUGGUGAUUCGAGCUUCACUCUCACCCUAUAUGGAAUUUACUGACCCCAUAAAUAUCGUAUUAGGUAACUAGCGCACUAUGUAACUAAUAAUAUUUUUUAUUUAAGACUCAUACUAUUUAUGAUAAUCAUGGAUUUGCUACCAUAUGUAACAUUUUUUUUACAUUCAUCACAUGUAUAGUUGAUAUACAUAUAUCCUUGUAUUUAUAGUAGCUUUACUGUUUAGUAUAUAUGUAGCAUAUGUGUGAACUCCUUUGAGAAAUAAAUUUUGUUUAUAUUUAAUGAAUUAACCACUUGAACAAAUCAAUUUGUUAGCAGAUUAUUGUUAAUAUUCUGUGGAAAUAGUUUUAUAUAAGAGUUUUUUUAGUUAGAUAUUAGACAGAUUUUAUAGGUUUUUUAAGAGAUUUAUAACAAAUGAAUUAAGAUAUUUUCAAUUUUUGGUCAAAACAAAGAAUUCAAAAAGCUACUUUACAAUGAUAUUUCCAGUACAAUUGCUUUGAUUGUUGUUUGCUCAACAUCCAGUAGCAAUAUAGAUAUUUUCUAUGACAAGUAUGAAGACUUUUUACAUUCAGUGGCAAUACAGAUAUUUUCUAUGACGACUUUUUUCCCUUUUUGAUUGAUGGACAUCCAGGAUGACAUGCAGUUGUAAGUUUCCUGUAGUUAGUAUAUUUUAACCAUUAACAAGAAAACAAAUAUGUUGAAUAAAACAAAAAAGCUUUAUUGAAUAAAAGACUAGAUAUAUUGUUUAAAUAAUAUCAAGAUAUAACAUAAUUAUACAUGUAUUUUAAUUCUAAUUCCAGAAAAAGCUAUGUAAAGGCAGCUUAAAAUAAAACCUUUUCAAAAUUUUAA